GGCGGCAAGAGAUCGCGUUGCCCGCUGGAUUCUUUAAACUACCUUCCUAGUGCACCGAGAUUUAAGGCUUACAGGGGAAAUGGCGAAAGGGCAGGCGCUGGACGCUGGCGCAUCCGGAAACAUCAGUGGCGGCGCGCGGCCCGGGACGAGCGCUGGGGAUUCCCAUCUGAGGCGUCGCCGCUGUCACUGCCAUCACCCACGGAGCCACUUCUAGACGGGAGUAGACCCGGCCCUUCGCCGGGCAGAGAAGAUGCUGCCCCUGUCCAUCAAGGACGAUGAAUACAAACCACCCAAGUUCAAUCUGUUCGGCAAGAUCUCAGGCUGGUUUAGGUCUAUCCUGUCCGACAAGACGUCUCGGAACCUGUUUUUCUUCCUGUGCCUGAACCUCUCUUUCGCUUUUGUUGAACUACUCUACGGCAUCUGGAGCAACUGCUUAGGUUUGAUUUCCGACUCCUUUCACAUGUUUUUCGAUAGCACUGCCAUUUUGGCUGGAUUGGCAGCAUCUGUUAUUUCAAAAUGGAGAGAUAAUGAUGCUUUCUCUUAUGGGUAUGUUAGAGCAGAAGUUCUGGCUGGCUUUGUCAAUGGCCUGUUUUUGAUCUUCACUGCUUUUUUUAUUUUCUCUGAAGGAGUUGAGAGAGCACUGGCCCCCCCAGAUGUACACCAUGAGAGACUGCUGCUUGUUUCAAUUCUUGGGUUUGUGGUAAACCUAAUAGGAAUAUUUGUUUUCAAGCAUGGAGGUCAUGGACAUUCUCAUGGCUCUGGCCAUGGACAUAGUCAUUCCCUCUUUAACGGUGCUCUGGAUCAGGCCUAUGGCCAUGGAGAUCAUUGCCAUAGUCAUGAAUUAAAACAUGGUGCUGCACACAGCCAUGAUCACGGUCACGGACAUGGACACUUUCAUUCUCAUGAUGGCCCUUCCUUAAAAGAAACAGCAGGACCCAGCAGACAGAUUUUACAAGGUGUAUUUUUACACAUUCUGGCGGAUACACUGGGGAGUAUCGGUGUCAUUGCCUCUGCCAUCAUGAUGCAGAAUUUCGGUCUGAUGAUAGCAGAUCCUAUCUGUUCAAUCCUGAUAGCCAUGCUCAUAGUUGUAAGUGUUAUUCCUCUUUUAAGAGAAUCUGUUGGAAUAUUAAUGCAGAGAACUCCUCCUUUUUUGGAAAAUACUCUGCCUCAGUGCUAUCAGAGGGUACAGCAGUUGCAAGGAGUUUACAGUUUACAAGAGCAGCACUUCUGGACCUUGUGUUCUGACGUGUAUGUUGGCACCUUGAAAUUACUAGUGGCACCCGAUGCUGAUGCUAGAUGGAUUUUAAGCCAAACGCAUAAUAUUUUCACUCAGGCUGGAGUGAGACAGCUUUAUGUACAGAUUGACUUUGCGGCCAUGUAAUGAAUGAGAAGAAAUUACGCUUUUUGGGGGACCUAACUUUUCUGGUACUGUACAACCCAAAACAUUGUACUUAGCUUUUUAAAAUAGAGAAAUCAUCACUACAGCUCCCCAGCACCAAGCAGACCAGGGGGAGCCAGGCAUCUGUGCUCAGCCAGGAGUUUACAGCCAAGGGGUCAGAAUUAACAGGAUCUCUCCUGGACUUUUGGUCUUGUCUUUCGUGCUCUUCCCUCCAAACCAUUUCGAUUUCUGAGGUUUCUGGUUUUAUUCCAGGGUAUCAUAUUCUGUUUAUUUGUUUCUUCCGUUUGUUUGUUUCAAAUGCCCUCCCUCCCGCCCCUCAUCCUAGCCAGUAAGAAAUUCAGACUGUGGGCCUCUAAUCAUCUGGGAUGUCUUCACUGAAGCUGCUGGAAACCACUGCUUUCAUUCCCACAAAACCAGUGUUAUUUAAAAAAAAAAAAGGAAACGGAAUACUGUUUUAUAUGUAAUGUCACAGUUGUUGACGUUCUUCAGUAUAAUCAUACGUUUGUAAAAUUGUUUGUACCUUGCAAACUUAUGAACCAAACCAUAUUGGGUUUUCAAAGUGCCUUUGUAUCAGAAAAUGUAUUUGCCAGCAUAGAAAUGUACCAUCAAAGGUCAUGUAUAUGUUUUUUUUUAUGGAUAUUCUGUAAUCUGUACAAAAUAAGACUCUUACUAGUAAUGUAUACAGAUGUCUUUUUUGUGUACUUCUAGCAUAGGUUUAGAUAUAUAAAAUUUUUCCUUUAAUUGCUUUUUCCCAUCAAAAAAUAAAAGGUGUUACUUUGGUUUUUAAAUCAAAUUCAGUUAUUACAUUAAAUUAUUUUGUGGACUGUCUUUUCAAAACUUAGCAAAAGAUGGGUGUUUUUGACUUACUUAAAACAUCUUCUAAAUUCUAAAUUUCUAUAAAAGCUGCUGUGUCUAUGGUAAACUUUCCUGUAUCUGUCCUUGCUGUUUUGAUAGAUCCUAUUAAUGAAAGAAAAAGGCAUGCAGAGUGAAGGCAGCAAUGGUGGUGACGAUGUUGUUUUGUUUUUUUCAUCCUCAAAUGCCAAAUCAUACAAUUUGUUUUCCUUUGCAAGCGCUUCCCAAAUACAGUUGCUUUCAGGAUCCUAAAGCCACGUUUUACUGAGUUUGAAGUAUUGAAGGUACAGAGUAAAUGUGGUAAGAUCGAACUCUUCCUAACACAGGUAUCUUAGAAGUUAAUAAAUAAGUUGAUUCCUAGGUUCUUGUGUAUUUGAAAAAUAAAAUUGCAAUUUGAGAUAAGUGCUUGAACGAACUCUGCUUAAAUAUUCUCUGUUUUGUAAAGAAAUAUUGAUCUAGCUAGACAUUUUCCCAUUGUACUUCAUUUUGUCACAAUGUAUAUUCCCUUUUAACUGAAAGGGAAAAAUUGAAAUUGUUGGGGGGAAAACCCUGCAGGAUGGAAAUGAAUAUUUAGAAUGUAGAUCAGUAAUAAGCACUUUUUCACUGAUGUGACAGAAAUCACUGCUGAUUUUGUCUACGUUUUGGAGUAUCUUUUCCCCUAUUUCUGAACUAUACCGUGUUAGGAACACUAAGGCUACUUUCUUCAUGCUUUUCUAAACUGCUGCAGAUUGCCAUGAGCUGUUGGUAGUCUCCUUUUUGCAGAUUAAGUAGUAUUUUCAAAACAUUUUUACUUACUGCAGGCAGUUCUAAAGCUAAGAAUUCCUGCACUAGAAUGUGUUUAGCUGAAACAAUUGUUAAGAUGUUUUAGGAGGGGCCCAUAAAGGGAAUGUCCUGAUAAUGGUACUGCUUUCUCAUUGUAAGUGUUCAGUAGUCACUUGGAAGUCUGCAUCCAUACCACACCUGAUAGAAGCCUGGGCUGUUCUGUAGGUUUUGGCAUAUUGUGGGAAAUGACAGCUCUAGAUGAGGGCAGGGACUUGGGAUGUGUGCCUUUAAAAACUAAUUAUCUGGGAUUGUGCUGAUAUUUCACACACGGAGAUCAUGCUUGCACUGGCCUGUAAAAUUUACCAGUGCGUUUUAAAGAUCCAGUUCUGCCUUUACUGAGCCCUCCAUUCCAAGUGAAGUUUUUUGUCAAAAUAUGCAUCACUUUAUUAGCCACACUCUUCAAUACACAAGUGCAUGAGGCUGGUUGUUUUCUUUGAUAAAGGGUUAGAGUAUAUAUAGAAUAUUUGACCGAUAUGAAACUCUAAUUUUGCACCUGUUACCAGAGAUGGAUGGCUCACGUCUGGUUGGCCUUAACAUUUAUGCUUUAAUUAAAUGUUCUUAAACCUGUAUGUUUAAGCAGGAAAAAAAUGAGUGUGAGAAAAAGCAACUUUUUUCUCACUCUUAGGAAGAUACUUGUGUUAUCAGUGUUCUCGGCACAGAUGAAUUGCUAAGGUAGAUAAUUUCACUGAGAAAUACUACUUGAUUAUUCUUACAAAAUAAAUUUAGCUGUCUCUGUUGUUAGGCUAACUCUUGGAGGAAAAAAGCCUCUGAGUAUAACUUUGCUAAUAUUUUAAAAAACAAAAUGUUCUCUGGAGAACAAAUUUGUAUUGCUCCGGGAAAGUUUACCUAGCCAAAUAAACUUUCCCAAACAGAAAUAUACCUAUACCAGUUUUGUGUUUUUAAAUGUAGAUUGUAUUGAUGAGGACAAAGGGCUUGCCCUCUGUGACUCCCUAUGCACUUUGUGAAGGAAGCGCCCAGUGUGUCUGCAGCUCAGUGUCCCUCACGCUGUCAGCCCACGCCGUCCUCUGCAGAGGCAUGAGGAAGUGCUGCCAGAUGCUAGCACUGUGAUUUCCCGUGUAUCUGGAGGGUUUCGGCAUUCUUCAAAGCCUCCUCAUCUACACCAGUAGCCAAACUGCUGUGACUUCUGUGCACGUUUGUAAAGCAGCCAAAUCACUGACUCCAGAUGCAGUUGGCCAGAGUUCACCAAUGUUUUUGCCGACUAUGGAAUAAUCAGUUUUGUAGCUAUUAUGAAUAUGGUAGCAACAUAAGAUUUUAAGAACAAAAAUAAUUCACUGCUUUAACAUCCAAGGAGACCGAUCUCAGAAGCAGUCGUGUCCUACCUCUCAUUUUACAGAGGAGAAAAAUUGAAGCCCAGAAAUGCUCUCAUUUCCUCAAGGUCACAGAGAUAAUUAGGGGCAAAGCCAAGGCCAGAAUGCAGGUCUUCUGACUCCAAGGCGAGAGUUCUUUCUGCUCCACUGUGCUGCGUCUCCAGAGUAAAAUCUGCCUUUCUGUAAACGUGAUGAAGAAGCAUCUUUAAGUAAAGGACGUUUGAUCUCUGUUUUUGGUACAUUAAGGCACUUUAUAAAUGGAGUUUUAUUGUCUUAUUUUUCAUAGCUAGUUAUAAGGUUUCAAAUAUUAUUUCCAUAGUAUUCUUUAUGAAAGAUAUAAUUAAUUUUUUUACUCUUUUUUACUUUUUUACUCCUGUGAAACCAGUUCCUGAUUUUUUAAAAAAAUGACAUUUGUGCAUUGGAUACUUUGAACUUGUGAGUGAAUUUUUCUGUUAAUUGCCCGAGGCUAAAUCCAGUUUAAGGAUUGCUUAGUUUCUUUGUCUUGUUUAUAUUCUGUGAAUUGGUACUUUUUAGAAACCACACUAGUGCACAGGUCAUAUCAUUUCAUUCCUGGUACGUUAAGUUUUCAGUCACUGGAGAGCUUCUGAACUGUUGACAUUCUCAGAGGCGUGUAAAAUUGGGCAUCAGAUGUUGUCUAGAACAAAAUAAAAAUUUUAAUAGGGUAAACUUUUUGAAGUUUUACCAGAAUCCCAAAGGCUAAACUGCAACUUUUAACUCUUCAUAGAAGUGUUACCUUGAGAAAGUUAAACUUUUUCUAUCACCAUCUUCAAAACAAAUCAUUUUCCAGUUCAGAGAACUUUGGUAAAAAGGAAAUUACUUUAUUCUUUGAAAGAACAGUCAUUAAAACUUUUAUUAACGGAGGCAGAUUGUUGCAAGACGUGAUUGCCCACAAGCCUUAGGGGUCCAGACCUCUACCACAGAGUCAAGUCCGACUUAAAUCACAGUGCAGGAUUAUACGUCAAAAUGUGUUUGCAAAGAAGUAUAGCUCUAUUUCAAGGUCAAAUUGAUGUGAGUCUCUGAUGAGGGUGUCUUUGGUUUAUGUUUAAUCAUUUCCUAACUACAAAGUUUACAGAAAGAAAGGGUGGGGCUUAGCUACCAGUAAGUAUGCGUCACGCUCUUUGUAUGGCCUUUUUCAUGUUACCACGUUUAAAAUCCUCACAUGUCUAUAAAGACAAAGUUUUGCAUGAUUUUAUGAUUGGUAUGUUUUCUCUUCUGAUUCUCCCAACACUCCUGUGAGGAAGGAAUUCUUAACCCCAUUUUACAGAAGAGGAAGCUAUUUCAAGAGAGGGUAAGAGACCUGCCUGGGGGCCGGCCGGUGGUGGAGCGGCCUCUCAAUCCAGUGCUUUUUCUGAUGACGCUCUGGUUUUGUACGUCACCCUACAAUGAUUUAAAGGUCCAAGAAGGUGUGGCAGAUGUAAACACACUCUCCUAUAAAAUCAGUGAACAAUCACCGUGACAAAAUUGAUCUAGAGGAGCAGUUAUGAAUACAUUGUUUAGAUUCAUUCCUUCUUUGGAUGCUCUUCUAUGCUUAUUACCUUUGCCACUGCACUUCAGCUGUGCAGGCUGAGAAGAGCAGUCAGAGCUCCCUUAAGCAGUUUUAAGACCCUUUAAAAACAAAAUAGUAAAAAGUUUUCUCGACACUCAGAGUAAACUGCCUGAAAGGUACUUGACUCAGCAUGGGUGCCAGUGUGAGUAAAGAGAAUUCGAAUUCCUGGCCAACAGACAUUAACUUAGUUCUGGGGGAACUGUCUUCCAAGAAGUGUGAAUAACUUUGCGCUGCAUGAGAGGAAUACAUAGGAUUUGAUUCACAGCAUUACAUUUUAUCGACUCCUUUACAGACGCCUUUUCAAAAAGAACUCUGUUUCAUAAUCAGUAGUAAUCUGUGCAUUUAAUAAUAACAUUUAACUUUGAACUCUUCCCAUGGCUUUGAAAAUGUAGUAUUUGAAAUUCUGAUCAUGAUGGAAAGUCUGUAAAAAAGAAUGUGUUUGUCUCAUAAUUCCUAUUACCACCAAACUUAGCAUGAAUCUACACCUACAUGCUCAGUAAACACUGUAGACAGUAGUGGAUACAAAAGUAAGGGAUGGGGACAGUUAAAACCAUAAUUUGCUGUUUAUUACAGAAGACAUCUCAGCUUUUCUCUGGCAUCUUUGCACAAAUGUGACUUUUUAUAGUCACUUUGGCCAUUGUAUUUUCAAGUAGCCCUCUGAGCUGCUCCUUCAUUUUAAUACAGGAACAGUGGGAGUAUAGAGAAAGAGACGUUUUCCAUUUUGCAUGUUGUUGGACAGGAAAUUGGUAGAACUGGGAGUGUGGAACCUGGGUCACUUGAAUUUUUAUAUUUUGUGUAGCCAAAUGAGAAACCACAUUCUCCUUUGUUUUUAUGAAAAAUCGCCAUUUAAGGAUCUGUGUAUAACAUGCUUUCUGUUUCAUUUAUCCCAAACUCUUUCAAAGGUGUAUUUUGAAGGUACUUCUAUAAAAACAAUACAACAUUAAGUGAUUUAAAUAUUCCUAAGAUAGUUUUAAUCUUCUCUCUUUCCCCUCUAAAUAUUAACUUUUAGCAGAGCUUCUCUAUAUUCUGAUUUUGCAUCUCUGUUCAUUGCUGCUGCCAAUGUAAAACUUCCCCUUUUCACCAGUGGGGGGAAAAAGCUUUAUUUGAAUUUCAGUCUUUGAAUUUUAUGUAUCAUAUGUCACACAUCAAUUUUAAGUUCAAUGAAGAUUCUACUUUGAAGCAGACGUAUCUUGUCAAGAGUUAGCCAAGUACUCUCAUUGCUUCCUCUAAUAACAGCAAAUUCAGUGAUAUUUCUGCUCAAGGGAUAUUUUGCCUGAACGUUUGUGAGUUUGAUCAAUAAACAGAAUGGGUCUUUUAAUAAAAUCAGAAAUACUGUGAAUGAAAAAUUGCCAAAUCCCUUCUUGGUUUAUUCUGAACACCCCUAUAACACUUUACCUUCCUGUCUUUAAUGGUUUCU